AUGGCCUGCUGCACCACUAGCUUCUGUGGAUUCCCCAGCUGCUCCACUGGUGGCACCUGUGGCUCCAGCUGCUGCCAGCCCAGCUGCUGCCCAUCUAGCUGCUGCCAGCCCAGCUGCUGCCCAACCAGCUGCUGCCAGCCCAGCUGCUGCCAGCCCAGCUGCUGCUCAUCCGGCUGCUGUUCAUCCGGUUGCUGUGGGUCUGGCUCUGGCAUUGGUGGUGGCCAGGGGGGAAGCGGUGGAGCUAUGACCUGCCGCGUCAGGUGGUGCCGCCCUGACUGCCGCGUGGAGGGUACCUGCCUGCCACCCUGCUGUGUGGCCAGCUGCACCCCCCCAACCUGCUGCCAGCUGCACCAUGCCCAGGCCUCCUGCUGCCGCCCAUCCUACUGUGGCCAGUCCUGCUGCCGCCCAGCCUGCUGCUGCUGCCGCUGCCCGACCAGCUUCUGUGAGCCCAGCUGCUGCCAGCCCAGCUGCUGUGAGCCCAGCUGCUGCCAGCCCAGCUGCUGUGAGCCCAGCUGCUGUGAGCCCAGCUGCUGUGAGCCCAGCUGCUGCUGUUGA